GAAACGAGUGUAAGAAACGCUGGAAACAUAUGAGGGAUCACUACAAGAGGGAAAAAAAAGAAGAAAGAGGCUCUACAGGAAAGGCUACAAAGAAAAAAAGAGCGGUGUAUUGGGAGCGGCUGCAAUUUUUGGAUACUGCGGGAGAUGAAAGAAGCAGCUCUACAAACGUUCUUUCUCCGUCCAGUAAUGAAGCUUCAAAUCCCGAGGAACCAAAUAUUAACAAUCUGGAACAUUCUGAGGAGCACGAAACUCCAGAGCGAGCCUCAGAGCGAUCACCAAUUGUAUCUUCUACACCAACCUCAGAUUGCCAUGAGGCCAUCUUUCGACCGCCAGCACCAAAAUCGAGGAAAGAAAAGGUUGCAAUCCAAAAAUAUUUCCAAGAAAGAACAGAGGACAGAUUACAUUUGAAACGGUGCCUUGACGACAUUGUGGGACAGCCACUACCCGAGGACAACGAAAUAGAUUUGUUUUUCAGAACUAUGGCAGCCACUGUCAAAAAAUUUAGACCAGACCUUGCCACCAAAGCAAAAUCGAGUGUGUUUAAAAUUAUUACUGAUUUGGAAAUAGUAAACCAGCAAUUGCUUUUGCCAGCCAAUGAAUUUCAUUCGGAUUCCUACUCCUCAUCAUCGUCACACAUCCACAGAACCUACCUACACCAGCUUGGACAUAAUAUCAGAAGCAUUCACACAAGCGAUUCAAAAUGGGGAUGA